GGUCCCACAUGGUGAGCAAACUCCCAGCACCCCCUGCGGUCAGAGGACCGGACUCUUAAAGGGCCACAGACCUUCACCUUCAACAUGGACAUUUCCACUUUUAGGCCAUGUUCACACAGAGCAUCAUCGGUUUUACUUGUAGCCACAAGUUGUUAAAAUUGCUGCAGGUUAUUUCACAUUUUUACUGCUUUUCUUUCCCUUUUUUUAUGCUUGGUUUUUAUCAUUUUGUUAUUUUUUUCUAUAUUGUUUUUUCUUUCUUAUUUGUUGGAUCCUGCUGUCGGACUGAAUUCAUCCCAAUACGAUGAUUCCACAAGCGUCUGAAUUUUUCUUAUAGAAUAUUGCCCCGCCGGCAGUGGUCACUCCUGCGCCUCCUACAGAUUUCCUGUGUAUUCCCUUAUACGCGGAACGUGGUGGAACCAAAAAUCCACAACAAAUCUGCAGCCGAACUACAUACAUCCGUUAUAACAACCUUCAACACAGAUCGCCAUGUCUCACCGGUACUCGGACCCGUCGGUGGGGGAGAAAUCUUUCCUUCUGUUGGAGAAGAACAAAUAUCUGGACCUCAAGAACAACUCCACCUCACAUUCCUCAAUACAGAAAAAGACUGUGAACACCAUGGAUAACGCAUCUUAUGUUCCCGAUCCGAACCCAUCUCCAGUGGAGGCGCGGAGGAUUAUACUGAGCACGGAGAGUCCGGCUGCGCAAAAGCUUGGCACCCAACAAAUGAUCCCAAAAAGCUUGGCCAUUGCCUCCAAAACCAAAGUCCCGAGACAUCAUAGCUUUGCCGCAACAACCUUCAGCAAGGAACUUGCCCGCAAUGAACCUAAGCGGGUGUCUGUUCCUGAUAUCUGUCUAGACUCCCCAGAGGAUGAGCCUGAAGGUGGGGGGACAUUGAAACGAAAUUUGAGAAACCAGUCCUACAGAGUGGCUAUGAAAGGUUUUAGGGAUGAGGAUUAUGAGCCUCGAAAGCCAAUCUCCUCCUUAAAGCCUGUUUCAGAAGAUCCAAGUGCCCCGCCUCCGAGGAGCCCCGGAAGAUCUAAGAAAACAUUUGCCAAGAAGAAGUUUCAGAGGAACACAGCGGGCUCGUUUAAAGAUGACCCCAGAUUGUACCAGGAAUACAAAGAACGGGGGCUCAGCUCCAACAAUCAGGAGUCAGAUGAUGACCUGCUGGAUGACGGCCCCGUCCAGGCUGGGCCCCAACCUGAUGACGCCAUCGUGGUGAAGAGUUAUCGACCUGCUCAGCUCAUCUGGAGCCAGCUCCCACAGGUACAAGAAGCUGGAAUUCUAGAUACCAUCUCACCUGAGGAACGCAAGAGACAAGAGGCCAUCUUUGAGAUCAUCACCUCGGAGUAUUCCUAUCAGCACAGCCUGGACAUCCUCUGCCGACUGUUCAAAAAGUCUGAAGAGCUGAAGCAGACCAUAAACAGCACGGACCACCACCAUCUCUUCUCCAACAUCGCAGAUAUCCUUGAAGUCAGCAAAAGAUUUUUCGAAGAUCUGGAGAAACGGCACAAGGAUAACCCCUUCAUCCACGAUAUCAGCGACAUUGUGGAGAACCACGCCACCAACCAUUUCCAGCCCUACGUCAUCUACUGCUCCAAUGAGAUGUACCAGCAGAGGACGCUGCAGAGGCUGCUAACCACAAAUGUGACCUUUAAAGACACCCUGAAGCAGAUUGAGGUGAAGCCGGAGUGCGGGGGUCUCCCCAUGUUCUCCUUCCUGAUCCUCCCCAUGCAGAGAGUCACUCGGCUCCCCCUGCUGAUGGAUACUAUUUGUCAGAAAAUGGAAUCUCAGUCUCCUGAGUAUGAAGCGUGCACUAGAGCGUUAAAGGCCAUCAGUAAGUUGGUCAAGCAGUGCAAUGAGGGGGCCCGGAAGAUGGAGAGGACGGAGCAGAUGUACACCUUACAGACGCAGCUGGAAUUUGGGAAGAUCAAGCCCUUCCCCCUGAUAUCGGCGUCCCGCUGGCUCCUGAAGAGGGGAGAGCUCACACCGGUGGAAGAGGGCGGAAUAUUCCGGAAAGGCUUUGGGAAAACAUCUUGCUAUCUCUUCCUGUUUAACGAUGUCCUCAUCAUGACUAAAAAGAAAAGUGAGGACAGUUACACGGUGACGGACUAUGCGAAGAUCGAUCAGUAUGAGGUUGAUAUGAUUGACAACGGAGACAACCAGGUCUCGGCAUCCACAAAGACCGGAAACAUUGGCAACCGGAGCCCAACCGGGCCGUAUCUCUUCCAGAUUACGAUGAGGAAGAACAGUGAAGGGCGACAGGAGCAAAUCGUGCUGGCGGCCGACACCCUAAGUGACAGAGCAAGAUGGAUCACCGCGCUCGAGGUCAAGGAAGAAAAUAAGCGAUACAGCAGAUCCAAGACCGCAGGAUUGCGUCAGGUAGAAAUCAUAAAGGCGUAUAUGGCUAAGCAGGCGGAUGAAGUCUCACUCCAGCAAGCGGAUGUGGUUUUAGUCCUCCAAGAGGAAGAUGAUUGGUUUCACGGGGAGAGGUUGCGCGAUGGAGAAAGGGGAUGGUUUCCUCAGAGUUGCGCCAAAGAGAUCACUAACCAGGUGGCGGUGGAACGUAACGUUAAACGAAUGGAGCGGCUGAGGAUCGAAACGGACGUGUAGAGGGAGCGGGGGGAAGCUGUAUGUUAUAUGUGAACUAUAAGCUGUGACACAGGAGAACCCAGACCCACGGAGGUUCCCGGGACUCGGAGCCAUCACAUAAGUUAUAAUUAAAGACUUCGACAACGUUCCUCCCCCGGACGCAGCGCUCAUCCUCAUCGCUCCUUUAUUACGGAUUUCUGGAAUUUUAUCUAGUGUUUUUUCUUUUUUAUGUGAUAUCCACAUUCUUAAUGUAUAUAUAUAUAUUUUUUUUUCUUUCUCAAGAAAAUUUUGCGAU